UUUAGAGUUCAUGUUUAUAUUUGACCUUUACCUUCAUUCUGAGACCCUUCCCUUUACCUUCCAUUAAUCAUCUGUUUUAUCCACAGGCAGGGGAAACUGCAAGUACUGGAUCUAUGUCAGAAAACUAUAUGGUCUGGUAGCAGGGAUGGCAUGUGCUCACUGUCCCAGGCCAUCCUGCCAUUGAUGAAGACACAGAUGUCCCAGUGUAGUUCUUGGGAGGAGGAGGAGCAGUUUGUGGAGACGUUCAGCUCUCAGUUGCUCAGUCUACAUCACCUCCAGGAGCUUCAUUUGGAAUCCAUCAGCUCUCUUGAAGGCUCCUUGUGCAGUUUGCUCAGGUGCCUGAGGAGCCCCUUGAAGAUCCUCUCUCUCACCAAUUGUCUGCUUCUAGAAUCAGACUUGAUGAAUUUGUCUAAGUGCCCCAAUACAAGACAGCUAGGGGACUGUGUCUAA